AUGACAUCAUCUCAUCGUUGUUCGUUCGACAGCGCGGAGAAACCAGACUCAGCGAAGUGGAUACAAGUGGGCGACAUCCCGAUGGCCUAUGCCCGCCCGAAUCGUAUAGGGUCAAUUGUCGCUGACAAUGACACGCUUCAACCCAGCAACCGACAGCUACAUGACGCCUUAACUCUGAGCAGAGAAUAUUGGUACCGCCUCUCAAGGAUUGCCUGUUACGUCCAUGGUAAUGGCGUCAACCCAGAACUUGCUCAUCCUCACCACAUGCUAUGCAAAGUUCCCAGUAUGCACGGAGGGCCGCACACGACCCAUGCGCUUCAUAUUGGUGCCUCUCCUUCCCGGACACUCUGUCUUCAGGCAUCCGUUAACUGGCAGCUGGAUGAAUCAACAGUCUGCGACCGUGCGAAAGAUAGAACAGAUACCGUUCUUCUAUAUAUUGGCACGAAAGCCGCAGUCCCUUAUACCCUAAUUGGCAAGGACUUCAGCUUUUGGAUUGGAUUGGAGAGUGAAGAAGUACCAGGUUCAAACUACCUGGCUGUGCUUACAUUAGGGUGGUGCUACGUCCUAUCUGCUCGCCUCCUUGAGAUUUAUGGAAGAAAUUCCGCGAUGAGAUAUACGGACUCUAAAGCGACAGCACAUUAUGAAGCUAUCCCGGAACCUACAAUGCAUACUGUCGAUAUUGGCGAGGUCAGUGACGAUACAGCUUCCUGGUGGCUAUCAAGUGAUGGCGGAGAGUUUCUUACGCCCUGGUCAGUAAUCCGUCCUUCGGCACAAUCACUCGCAAUCAAAUGGCGGAGUAAGGAUUCGACUAAAGCUCAAGCUCCUUCCCUAACACCCCUGUCGUCCAAGAAAACCUUUGAGGCUCUUUCCCAGUUUGCCAUACUACACGAUCUGGGGAGUCAUUUUUCCGUUGCUUUCACCAUGGCCCUUACAAUACCCACCCACAACUGUCACGGCUCAACCCUUCAGCUCCCUCAGCCAUCACUGGAUGGGGCCAAGUGCCCUGCUACUUCAAUCAACUGUGUGCCCCAAGAUUGGGCCGCUCUGUACGACAAUCUCUCCUACUACAUAACUUUGAGCUGCAAUCCAGAAACCAUCAUAUCUUCUCUUUGUGGGUCGUUCUGGGAGCCAGGCGUGCCAUGUAACCUCGUUAGUCCAUGGUUGCAUCCAAUUUUGAGUGAAGUACCGGAGGAAGAAAAGCUUGCUUCCUCACCAGGCCUCUACCUUGAACUACUUGCCAUAAUGAAUGAUAUCCGUCGGCCCACAAUAGCCGCACUUUGGCUGAGAGCUGCAGCUGGAGGAUUGACUCCAAUGAUCCUGCGCAGGACUAGACGAGGGAGACCGCCUCUGGACCCGGUCGCGUUUCCUUGGACUGGGUGUCCUCAAAGCUUCAUGGAUAUUGCUGGUACAGGGCCUUACCUUGACCAAAGCAAGGGGCAGAUCUGGAGGGCUGACGCCUGGCGGCUUCUCCACCUUCCAACUACCGAGGAAGACGACCUGUCCUACAAUUAUUUAACACGUACACCAUGGGAGCCUUGCGGAAAGAUGCAGACAACGGAAUGUGCGCUUCGAGUGGUUUCGCAUCUAAAUUGUCCACGCCAUCAGAUUCGGUACCACCAUUGGAACUGGGAGGUGGAGAACAGUGCUGCCAUCGAAGAUGAAGGUUUCUCUACAACAAGAGCUUACAUGCCAACUACUCGGUAUAGUGGUCAUUUUGUGCAAGAGCCUCAUGUCUUUCCUGAGAAGCCACUGGACCUAGAAGCAUCAGAGCAGGCAUCUAUAGAUAUUUUUCGUUGGUUUAUCUUCAAUCGGGAGGGCUUCCCCCGGGGAAGUUCUACAAAGAUGAGUGGCUAGCUUGUCUUGCGGACGACGAAGAUACAGAUGAAGAGAACGAUGAGGACGAUACGUAAAGACUCCAUUUGGUUCACUGAAGAAGCCAUCUUCGAGCUAUCCGAGAGAAACAUCAUUGUGGCGUGAUCAAGUCCGGACUUUGUAGGUCUCCACGCAGCGGCCCGGGGUUUGCUGCUAUGUUGUAACAUCGGUGGGCCAUCCCCGCAUGGGCUAUCUGAAAACCGAGCUUAUCC